AUGUACCAGGAGGCUGAACACGAGAUGGCCAGGCUUCUCAGGAGCUUGGAUCAAGUAAUGACGUCACAGAAACUCAAAAGGAAAAAUAUCUAUAUCGAAUCUCAUAUAUUUCUUGACAAUGGAGCGGAUGGUAAGGAAAUGAAGGACUUCGGAAAACAGUUACUAUCUUUAGUAGAAGAAACGAUUGAACUACGAGCAGAGUCUGGUAUAAUGUUAUACACACCUUACGGGAUACAAUUGCACUGGGUGCUAGAAUGUGGCACGCCACUCUUUAUACAUCUGAAAGACACAGCAAAGGUCAAGGCAAAGAAAAGAUGGAGUCAGGUGAUGUAUUUGGAGUACAUUCUCAAAUACAGAUCUAAAUGGGCUGGAAUGCAUAACCCCUACGAGUCGAAAACAAUGUCCUCCAAUCCUUCAUUUACAUACGAUUCAACGGAGUCUUUUGAUAGACUAAAUGACUAUUACUUGUCAAAUGACAAUAAUGGUACAGAGAGGAGAAAUCCGACAUUUACAAAUGGCAACUUUUUGGACAUCCCUGACAUCAUCCUUAAUCACCCUGGUGACGACGCAGACGACAAUUCAGCUGAUAAUUUCACGAUCGACAUGGCUUCAAACGAUGGAAGUCUUUAUCCUAGUAAAACACCAAGUGGGGCCGGAAGUGAUUUGUUUGUAAAAGAAACACCACUGGAAAUCCACACUCAAGAAAGUACGAUUUUUUCUGUAUCUCUCUCCAUGUCAAAUAUAGUGGGACCUUCUAUUUCGCAGUCAAUGGACAAUUACGUCCUAAUGACUGACGCUGAUAUGUCGUUCGACGAUGGCGCUGUCCUUGCUGUUGUUGAUGUUUGUAAGAAGGAACCUGACGUCGGAGGAGUCUGCGGUAGGACUUUUCCAACAGGGCUGUACAGACAUCCAAUACUCUGGCUGCAAGUGUUUGAAUUUGCUAGAGAUUUCUGGAUGAUAAAGAGUUCCCAAAAUGUUAUUGGCUCCGUGAUGUGUUGUCCCGGAUGUUUCAGCCUGUUUCGAUUCGAAGCAUUGUCAGAUAUUUUUUCCACUUACUCUAGUCCAACAGAAACAGUGAUGGAUGUGUUCACGAAAGAUAACGGUGAAGAUCGUUGGAUGUGUACUUUGAUGAUGUUGAAGGGCUGGAAACUUCGAUACACACAGGCGGGGCAAAACAGCACAUUUUGUCCUGAGACUACUUUGGAUUUCAUGAAGCAGCGAAGACGGUGGCUUCUAUCGGACUAUACAAAUGCGUUACUAGUUAUCCAAAAUGUAGCCAAUCUGAUGACCAUCAACUCUGCCUUCUCAUUAACAUACGUACUGUACGUGGUAACCCUGUUCCUCAUCAUGGUUCUGUACCCAGGUGCCACCGUAAUGAUGUUAUCCCUGGGCCUUGAGUUGGGUUCUGGGCUUCCCCUUGUUGCUAUAACACCAACGUUUUACCUUCUGAUUGUUGGAUACAGCAUUGUGUUGGUCAAAGACAUAUCCGCUUCAGUACAGCUGGUGAUAUCUAAACUGCUGAUAGUAGUUCUAGGGGUGGGAACACUGUAUGUGUUUGGUUCAACGGCUGUUAUAAUCAUGCAAGGACUGAUCAACGAUUACAACCAUCAAGAGUUGGGGCACAUCGAGUACCUACUGAUACUGUCCCUGGCUGCCACCUACCUACUAGCUGCUAUCGUCCACCCGUCCGAACUCAAGAUCCUGCUCUAUGGCAUACCUUACAUGUUCUUUCUACCUCUGCUCAAUAUCAUUCUGCCAAUUUAUGCAAUGUGUAAUAUCGUUGACCAGUCCUGGGGUACUCGGGACAAUCAAUUAGCGAAGGUACCAAAGUUCUUAAGCCUACCGAAACUGAAAAAGCGGAAGAGGAAGAAAAAGACAAGAUCACUGUCACAUAAAGGGUCAUACACAAGUUUGAACAGUUCUGUGUUGGAUCUUCAAAACUUCAACGAAGACGAAGAUUCGUUUUGGGAGAGAGUGGUGAAAAAUUUAAUCGGGGUCAAUGUUCCCAGAGGAAUGUCGUCAGACGAGAGGACAGAGGGACUACGUGUUAUGAGAAAGAAAGUGGUGAUUUGCUUUCUCUCUAUCAACGCUGUGGGGCAGGAGAAUGACACUCGUUCCCUGUGUAAACUUGAUCUAACAACCAUCAGUAUGAAAGGAUACGUAGCAAUCGCUCUCCUCGUCUGUCUCAUCGGAACGUCAGUAGGAUUCCUCAUAACCGGUCCUGCACACGCCUCGUGUAAGUCUACUUGGACAUUCGGGAAGAGCUGUGAUACUGUACUGUCCAGUCUGCUGUCACAAGUACAAGAAUGGAGUGGCCCUGCAAACUGUAAGUCUGGACCCAUCAACGAGAAAUGCCUGUAUGUGUUGAAGAGUAACUCCGGUGGCAUCCUUAAACUUACCCAUGAGACACCACUAAAGCAUUACAUCGACGACAUUACCUUCACAUUUACUAACGAAAACACAGCUGAUGGUGGUCACUGUACUCUUGUGGGUAAUUCAAGGUCAGAGACUUGGUAUGCUGUACUUGAUUACGGUACAAACUACUGUAACAUGUAUAAUCUCCUGGAAGGUUCCCAGCUCACACAGCUGGCCGGCUACACAGAGUCCACCAGUGAUGCCGUUUGUACACAACACUCAUCUGCUAACUGUACACGAUAUUAAAAUAAAAACACUCAAAUCAGUU